UUUACUUUGAAAAGUUGAAAGUUGAAGAGUGAAAAUGGCUCAAGAAAAUGAAAAUAUUGAGGAAAAUUCAGAAGAUGAAAGUGAAACGGAACAAGAAAUUACCAGUGUAUUAGAAGAAGAUUCACUAUCCAUCAAAAAAACCGAAGAAAAUGCAGAACCUGAAGUAACUUGGCAAGAUUUGGGUCUUGUAGAUGCCCUAUGCAAAGCCUGUGAACAACUAAAAUGGAAAACUCCCUCGAAAAUUCAAAGAGAAUCUAUACCAGUAGCGCUACAAGGCAAAGACAUUAUUGGAUUAGCUGAGACAGGUUCGGGAAAAACUGCUGCUUUUGCACUGCCAAUCUUACAAGCCCUACUAGAGAAUCCCCAGAGGCAUUUUGCAUUGAUUUUGACACCAACUAGGGAGUUGGCUUUCCAAAUUUCUGAACAAUUUGAAGCAUUAGGAUCUGGUAUUGGAGUUAAAACUGCAGUAAUAGUGGGGGGAAUGGAUAUGAUGUCACAAGCCCUAAUAUUAGCAAAAAAGCCUCACAUCAUUAUUGCCACACCUGGUAGACUGGUUGACCAUUUAUCAAACACAAAAGGAUUUAAUUUAAGAGCACUGAAAUUCUUAGUCAUGGAUGAAGCAGACAGAAUACUAAACAUGGACUUUGAAGUGGAAGUGGACAAAAUUCUAAAAGUAAUUCCUAGGGAAAGAAGGACGUUUUUAUUCAGUGCCACAAUGACCAAAAAAGUUAAAAAGCUACAGAGGGCUUGCUUACAGGAUCCUGUAAGAGUAGAAGUUUCCACUAAAUAUCAAACUGUGGAAAAAUUGCAACAGUAUUAUAUUUUUGUUCCUGUAAAGUUCAAGGAUGUCUAUUUAGUACACAUUCUAAAUGAACUGGCAGGCAACAGUUUCAUGAUUUUCUGUUCCACAUGUAAUAACACAAUAAGAACAGCCUUGUUGUUGCGAAAUUUGGGUUUCACGGCUGUACCACUACAUGGACAAAUGUCCCAAAACAAGAGAUUGGCUGCAUUGACUAAAUUCAAAGCCAAAAAUAGAUCUAUUUUGAUAUCUACAGAUGUUGCUAGCAGAGGUUUAGAUAUCCCUCAUGUGGAUAUAGUCAUCAAUUUCGAUAUACCGACACAUAGCAAAGACUAUAUCCAUAGAGUUGGUAGGACUGCAAGAGCUGGAAGAGCCGGUAGAUCGAUAACUUUUGUUACACAAUAUGAUGUCGAGCUCUACCAAAGGAUAGAACAACUAAUCAGCAAACAGCUCCCCCUUUACAAAACUGAAGAAGACGAGGUUAUGGCUUUACAAGAAAGAGUUGCAGAGUCUCAACGGAUAGCCAAAAUGGAGUUGAGGGAUUUGAGCGACAAAAAAGGGAGUAAUAAGCGGAAAGGCGGGGACGACGACGAUGAUGACACUGAAGGGGCUAAAGGGUUUAGAAAGAGGAUAAAAGGUGGAAAGAAAAAGGGAAAGAAAUGAGACAAGUUAAUAAAUGAUUUUUUUAUUUAAAAUUAA